GGUCAGUCUCCGCUGGGCGCUCCGGGGAUCAGCUGGAGGGCGGGCGGGCGCCGAACGCGGUCCCGGCUCUCGCUGCAGCGCCGCCUCUUCUCCGCGUCGCAGGCCGGCCCGGCGGCCGUGACAAUGUUGCAGGGCUGGUAGCUGGGAGCCAGCCGCCGAGCCGUCUCAAGUUUAAACUUACACGAAUCGCUCUCUUGAGGAGGAGGGGACCGCGGCGCGAUUGACACGCAUAUUCCUAUAGGCAUCCUCCCUCAGCCCCCACCCCCACGGCCGGAUUCGGGUGGCUCCUCUCCGAGCUGAAAUCCGAGAAGAAAUCCUUGGAUCUCUUGUUUUCUUUAAAAAAAAAAAAAAAAAAAAAAAAAAUCCAGAAACCGUCGGUAUUUUGCUUUACUGCUUCCUAUUCGCAAGAUGAAGAAGUUUUUCGACUCCCGGCGAGAGCAGGGCGGCUCUGGCCUGGGCUCCGGCUCCAGCGGAGGUGGGGGCAGCACCUCGGGCCUGGGCAGUGGCUACAUCGGAAGGGUCUUUGGCAUUGGGCGACAGCAGGUCACUGUGGACGAGGUGUUGGCGGAAGGUGGAUUUGCCAUCGUGUUUCUGGUGAGGACAAGCAAUGGAAUGAAAUGUGCCUUGAAACGCAUGUUUGUCAACAAUGAGCAUGAUCUCCAGGUGUGCAAGAGAGAAAUCCAGAUAAUGAGAGACCUGUCUGGGCACAAGAACAUUGUCGGUUACAUUGACUCCAGUAUCAACAACGUGAGCAGCGGGGAUGUGUGGGAGGUGCUCAUUCUGAUGGACUUCUGUAGGGGAGGCCAGGUGGUCAACCUGAUGAACCAGCGCCUGCAAACAGGUUUUACAGAGAAUGAAGUGCUCCAGAUAUUUUGUGACACCUGUGAAGCUGUUGCCCGCCUGCAUCAGUGCAAGACUCCUAUCAUCCACCGUGACCUGAAGGUUGAAAAUAUCCUCUUGCACGACCGAGGCCACUACGUCCUGUGUGACUUUGGAAGUGCCACCAACAAAUUCCAGAAUCCACAAACUGAGGGAGUUAAUGCAGUAGAAGACGAGAUUAAGAAAUACACAACGCUGUCCUAUCGAGCACCAGAAAUGGUCAACCUGUACAGUGGCAAAAUCAUCACUACGAAGGCAGACAUUUGGGCUCUCGGAUGUUUGUUGUAUAAAUUAUGCUACUUCACUUUGCCAUUUGGAGAGAGUCAGGUGGCAAUUUGUGAUGGAAACUUCACAAUUCCUGAUAACUCUCGAUAUUCCCAAGACAUGCACUGCCUAAUUAGGUAUAUGUUGGAACCAGACCCUGAUAAAAGGCCGGAUAUUUACCAGGUGUCCUACUUCUCAUUUAAACUACUCAAGAAAGAAUGCCCAAUUCCUAAUGUACAGAACUCUCCCAUUCCUGCAAAGCUUCCUGAGCCAGUGAAAGCCAGUGAGGCAGCUGCAAAAAAGACCCAGCCAAAGGCCAGACUGACAGAUCCCAUUCCCACAACAGAGACUUCAAUUGCACCCCGGCAGAGGCCUAAGGCUGGGCAGACUCAGCCAAACCCAGGGAUCCUUCCUAUCCAGCCAGCCCUGACGCCUCGAAAGAGGGCCACGGUUCAGCCCCCACCCCAAGCUGCAGGAUCCAGCAAUCAGCCUGGCCUUUUAGCCAGUGUUCCCCAACCAAAAACCCAGCCCCCACCCAGCCAGCCUCUACCACAGUCUCAGCCCAAGCAGCCGCAGGCUCCACCCACCCCACAGCAGGCACAGCCCACUCCAGCCCAGGCUCUGCCCACUCCGGCCCAGGCCACGCCCCAGCACCAGCAGCAACUCUUCCUCAAGCAGCAGCCGCAGCCGCAGCCGCAGCCGCAGCCACAGCCGCAGCCGCAACAGCAGCAACAACUGCAGCAGCAACCGCAGCAGCCGCAGCAGCCGCAGCAGCCCCUGCAGCAGCAGCCACCACCCCAGCAGCAGCAGCCACCACCCCAGCAGCCCGCGGGCACGUUUUACCACCACCAGCAGCAGCAGCAGCAGCAAGCCCAGGCUCAACAGUUUCAGGCAGUGCACGCAGCCGCCCAGCAACCAGCCAUCACCCAGUUCCCGGUGGUGUCGCAAGGAAGCUCUCAGCCGCAGCUGAUGCAGAACUUCUACCAGCCCCAGCCGCAGCAGCAGCAAGAGCAGCUGCUGGCCUCGAGCUUGCACCAACAACAGCUGCUGACUCAGCAGGCCGCCUUGCAGCAGAAGACUGCGGAGGCGGUGGCGGCAGCGGGACAGCAGCCCCAGGCGCCCCCUGCCGCAGCCCCGCAGGCGCCCGCGGAGCCGGCGCAGAUUCAAGCCCCAGUAAGACAACAGCCAAAGGUUCAAACAACCCCACCUCCGACCGUCCAGGGGCAGAAACUCGGAUCUCUCACUCCUCCCUCAUCCCCCAAAACCCAGCGUGCUGGGCACAGGCGGAUUCUCAGUGACGUGACCCACAGUGCCGUCUUUGGGGUCCCUGCCAGCAAAUCCACCCAGCUGCUCCAGGCAGCUGCAGCUGAAGCCAGCCUCAAUAAGUCCAAGUCUGCAACCACCACUCCAUCAGGCUCUCCUCGGACCUCCCAGCAAAACGUUUAUAAUGCUUCAGAAGGUUCUACGUGGAAUCCCUUUGAUGAUGACAAUUUCUCCAAACUCACAGCUGAGGAACUGCUAAACAAGGACUUUGCCAAGCUGGGGGAAGGCAAACAUCCUGAGAAGCUUGGAGGCUCUGCUGAGAGUUUGAUCCCAGGCUUUCAACCGACUCAAGGUGAUGCUUUUGCCACUCCCUCGUUUUCUGCUGGAACCGCUGAAAAAAGGAAGGGUGGGCAGACUGUGGAUUCUAGCCUCCCACUUCUAAAUGUUUCUGAUCCUUUCAUUCCUCUUCAAGUACCUGAUGCACCAGAAAAACUAAUUGAGGGACUCAAAUCUCCUGACACUUCUCUCCUGCUCCCUGACCUCUUGCCUAUGACAGACCCUUUUGGUAGCACUUCCGAUGCUGUAAUUGAAAAGGCCGAUGUUGCUGUUGAGAGUCUCAUACCAGGACUGGAGCCCCCAGUGCCCCAGCGCCUUCCAUCUCAGACGGAAUCUGUGGCCUCGAACCGCACAGAUUCUCUCACCGGGGAAGAUUCCCUGAUUGAUGGCUCCCUGCUUUCUAACCCUACUACUGACCUUCUGGAAGAGUUUGCCCCCAUAGUGAUCUCUGCUCCAGCCCAUAAAGCUGCAGAAGAUAGUAAUCUCAUCUCAGGUUUUGAUGUCCCUGAGGGCUCGGACAAGGUGGCAGAAGAUGAGUUUGACCCUAUUCCUGUAUUGAUAACCAAAAACCCACAAGGUGGGCACUCUAGAAACAGCAGUGGGAGCUCUGAGUCCAGUCUUCCCAACCUAGCCAGGUCUUUACUGUUGGUGGAUCAGCUCAUAGACCUGUAGCCGGGACCCAGUAGCAGAGGCAAUUCUGUAACCUUCACACCGUAAUACACGUUUUCGUUACGGAGUUAUAAGAAAAAAGGAUUUUUUAAAAAAUCUACGAAUAAAGGGCCCUCUGGCCCUUAUCUCCUACCCCUUGCCUUCUCCUGUAGAAACGAUAAGGAAAGAAAAUCACUUUGGCCCUCCAGAUACUCCUUGGCCAGUUCCUCCCUGUUAG